AUGUUGCUUGCGUUAGGUUCAAAAUCUUCUAUGUUUUCUCUUAGCCAGAAUAAACUUGAACCGCAUGAAAAUUUUGUCGCUUAGCCCGAUAUGAGACUCCGACAGCUUCAGAAGUGCCGACGUGUGUGCAGAAGCGCAGCGUGAAGCCGUCGGACGAUUGUUUGCGCGACGCCAUGCGCGCGACGUCAUCGGCACGACUCCUUCAUCUGAAUCGCCUCUCCAAACAACGUGUUGACCGGUCGACGACGGCAGGGGGCUCCGGAAUGCAUCAAGUCCUUUUCUGUACACACAAAACUAUUGAGGAGUUCAUAAACUGUCAAACACCCGAGUACAUCAUUUUGUAUUAA